CUCAGAAACAGUCGACAUGGUGAAGAUUGUCCCUUCUUACUCUUGGGAGGAGUUCUACAAAGACUUUUUGUACGACUGGAUUGAAGCGCUGCAACAGCUCAACGAUUUGACUGUUACUGAAUCUCAGCCUCGAUUAGUAUGGUCCUUCGCAAUCUUUAUGGGAUCCAUCAUAGUUUUCAUUGGCUGCGCUUCAUUAAUGCUGCUUUCUUAUAGAGUCGUGGAUCCUUGUUAUCCAAAAAUUUCACCUCGGCCGAUGAGCGCUAGAGAAUUCUUCUUCGAUUUGCAACCAUCGCACAUGUAUCAGAAAAUGUCGGCAGAUAAAACCACUCCGAAGGAAGCGGAGCCAUCGAAGUCGGCAGGUGCAGGUGCCAAAAGCGAACCGAGUGCGCUACCAAGUGUCACUGGAGUGCCAGUGGAUAGCUCGGAACCGAGCAGUGCAAUUGUCGUGGAGAGCACACCUCUUCCAAAGUCGAGCAAUAUAAAGUCAGCUAAACUUGCGAAAGGACUUGAAGAAAAUCCAACACAAAACGUGCCUUCCGUCGUGGAAGCUGCCGUUAAGACUGCAGAAGAGAAAAAGAACCCCCUUUUGAAAACAGCAGAAAAAACGCAGCCAUCAAGUAUGAAAACGCCAAUCUUGCCGGCUAAACAACGGUCAAAAGAGAAAUCCGAAGAUCGGAAGAAGAUUAUGGGUAGUGCAGUACAGAAACGUACAUCAGGUGAACGUACGAAAAACUCUGCCGAAAAGGCGCCCCUUCUUCCCUCGAAAAGCCCACAAAAAUAACGCACAUUUGCGUGUAUGCAUUUGUUAUAUGCUUUGCUAACUUUCGCCUUUUGUGUUCAAUGAGC